AUGGGCACACAACCAAACCCAAAGGACUCAAUGAAGUCCACCUGGCGCCGCGGCGACAGGAAAGAGUGGACGCACCACCACUGGCUGAUCGAGCUGCUCAACGCAUACCAUGUCGACCUUGACAAGCCGGUUCCGGUCCACGCAAAAUCCGACAAGAUACCCUUUCUCCCCCAGUGGCCACAGCAUAUUUGGGUCAUUGUUUUCUCCCUGAUUCCACUUCUUCUCCAUCAGGCCUGGCUCUCCUAUACAGGAUAUAAUGCCAUGGGGCGGGUUGGAGUUUUCAUGUUGUACUUCAUGGCCUUCAACGCCACUGUUGUCCACGAAGUUCAUGUUCUUCGACGACUAGGCCACAAGCACGGGUUCCUUGACGGAGACGUCCAUGAACGCGACGGGGUUCCGGACGUUGGUGUGUCCAAGGUGGCACUGUCGCUGAUCAAGACUACCGGCUCCCGGAUUGCCAUGGCGAUAUAUCUUUCUUACGAUCCAAGUCAGCCUCCGAUGGCUGUCUUAACGUCUUGGAAAUGGUGGAUGUGGCUCCAGCUCGAGACUGGCCUCUAUGCCGUUGUCUUGGACUUCUGGUUCUACUGGUAUCAUCGCGCGAUGCAUGAUUCCGGACAUCUCUGGAAAUUCCACCGCACACAUCAUCUAACGAAGCAUCCCAACCCACUCCUCUCUGCCUAUGGCGACCAUGAGCAGGAGUUUUUCGACAUGGUGGGAGUCCCGUUCAUGACGUAUAUUACGCUUCGCGCCAUGGGUCUUCCCCUGGGCUUCUACGAGUGGUGGGUAUGUCAUCAGUAUAUCGCGUAUACCGAAGUCUGGGGCCAUAGCGGUAUUCGCGUUCAUCUUAGUCCGCCUUCGACGUUGAACUGGCUGCUAAGUAUGUUCGAUGCCGAAAUCGUUAUUGAGGAUCAUGAUCUGCACCACCGCAAGGGAUGGAGAAAAAGCCACAACUAUGGCAAGCAGACUCGGCUAUGGGAUCGCAUCUUUGGGACUUGCUGCGAUCGAAUUGAGUCGACCAACGCGAACAUUGACUACGUCAACGAGGCGACUAUUCCGCUUUUAUAG